GACGAGAGUUAAGAGGAAACAGAGUAAUAAAUUUUCUUCGAAAUGUUUCAUUUGGCGUUUUCAGUGGUUCUGGUAGCAGUGCUUUCUGGUGAAGCUCUCUCACAGAAGGUUGACGUAGGUGGAUGUCCCGAUGUCAAAGUCAAGGAACCGUUCGACGUUAGCAAGUACGUUGGGGAAUGGUAUGAAAUCGAAAAAAAUCCUACACCUUUCGAAGCUGGCUUGAAAUGCAACAAAGCCAAAUAUGAAGACAAAGGAGAUUAUAUAUCUGUAGUCAACAGAGGAAUCAGUGAAAGAUCUGGAAAAGAAAGCACAAUCGAAGGCAAAGCCACCAUUCCGGAUAAGAAUGUUCCUUCAAAGUUGAAAGUAAAGUUCAAUAACAUGCCAUUCAAGGCUGACUACUGGAUCUUGGAUACUGAUUAUGAAAAUUAUUCUGUGGUGUACUCAUGCUUUAGUCUGUUCAAGUUAUUCAAUGCAGAAUACCUGUGGAUUUUAUCGAGGACGCCAACUCUUGAAGCUACAACAAAAGAAAACAUUUACAAAUUUUUAGAUGACAACAAAAUUGAUCGCAGUCGACUCAAGGCAACAAAACAAGAUUGCUAAGUGCGAUAAUUUUGUAGAAUCUAUGUGAAAAGCAGUUGUUAAUAAAGUUGAGAAAUUUUACUCCUUGAAUGUUUUAA